GGGACAUCACAUCUGAGAUGAAAGAGUGUAUACAAUUUGCACUGAUGUUUUGUUAUUCUCUUUCAGGUAGAAAUCAGUAGAGAGGAUGUCACUUCUACAAUGGAUUGUCAGAGGUGUACCUCGCUUGAGGUCUGGAGGAAACCCAGGCUACAAUCCAUUGAGAUCCUUAGUCCACUUAUCCCAAUUCACAGUUUCCUAUCAUCAUGAUAGGAAAAUGCCUCAAAAAUAUUCCUGUCUCAGAUAUAUUAGUUCUGGAACUCCAAAUUAUUAUGUAAAAUGGCACAAUUUCUAUAGUUGUGUUUCUAAACCUUUCCCAAGUUUACUGAGAACAAAUAUGCAGAAAAUACUAAAAGAAAUUAGUGUGAAUAGGUCUAGCUUAUCAUCCAAAAGUGUAUCAGAGAAAUCAUUAAAUGAGGGGAUUGAGGAGAAAUUCCAAACAGCUCAAAAAGAUUUGAGUCAGGACUAUGGAUUAAAGCCUACUAUUCCACAAAGACUAGUACAAAAUACCCCAGAACCUUUGCAAGCUUAUCUUCAGCUGAUGAGAUUUGAUAGACCAAUUGGGUCAUGGUUACUGUUUUGGCCAUGUGGCUGGAGCAUUGCACUGGCAGCAGCACCAGGGUGCUUGCCAGACCUCGGAAUGAUGGCCUUGUUUGGUGGAGGUGCGGUAGUGAUGCGUGGGGCAGGAUGCACAAUCAAUGACAUGUGGGAUAAGGAUUAUGAUGGAAAGGUUGCCAGAACUGCUGCACGUCCUCUUGCUAGUGGAGCACUCACCUUGUUUGAUGCAUUGGUUCUCCUGAGUUUACAGCUUAGUAUAGGCUGUCUGAUACUGCUUGAACUUAAUUGGUACUCUGUGCUUCUUGGAGCUAGUUCUCUAGGUCUAAUCGUGCUCUACCCUCUCAUGAAACGUGUGACCUACUGGCCACAGCUCAUGCUUGGAUUCACCUUCAACUGGGGCGCUCUCUUAGGCUGGGCAUCAGUCCGGGGCUCAUGUGACUGGGCUGUUUGCUUGCCUUUGUAUGCUGCUGGUGUGGCAUGGACACUUAUCUAUGACACUAUAUAUGCACAUCAGGACAGAUGUGAUGAUGCCAUCAUUGGUAUUAAAUCAACAGCUCUAAAGUUUGGUGACCAAACUUGGAAAUGGCUGAGUGGAUUUGGCCUUACAUUUGUGUCAUGCCUAUUAUUAACUGGCUAUAAUGCUCAGUUAGCAUGGCCAUAUUAUUCUGCGGUUGCUGCAGCAGCUUUUCAUGUCACAAAUCAGGUACGAACUCUUGAUAUCAACAACCCAGGAGACUGUGGGAACAAAUUUAGAGCAAAUCGUCAUUUAGGUUUGCUUUUGUUUGCAGGUAUAGUUGGAGGAACUUUACUGAAAUCUAAUAAAGAAAAUCCACAGAGUAUAGAGUUGAUCCAAUGAGGAAUGAGUUAUAAGGAAAUGUGAACUGUAAUUUAUUAUAUGUACAGCCUCUGAUUACAUAUGAGACAUCUAGUCAAGAGUUAUUAUUACUGAAAAGUUGUUGAUUCAUGCCUAAGAUUUGUUAAUAUGUAAAUACAAUUUUUAAAUGUAUGGGUC